AUGUCCGCUAGCAAUAUCUUUGUACAGGGUGGUGCUGAUAAUCAAAUUACUGAUUUAGCUCUCUACAUCUCCAAAUUGAGAGGCGAGGAAGGUGACUCCCAAGCACCCUAUGUUCAACACAUUGGGGCUUUACAAAAGUCUGAUAAGAAGGAUACUGUCUAUGCCGAGCUUGCCAAGGACGCUUCCAUCUUGUUGACCAAGAACGAUAGAGAGGUCGAAGGUGCUUUCAACUUGCUCAUUGUUACAGUUUUGAGUGCUCCUCAAUCUUUUAUUUCUUCUGCUGUUGAAGGCUUGGUUGACACUUUGACCAAGACUGAGAGCAACAAGACCAGCUUGAAGCAAAAAAUCUUACUCAACUUGUACAAUGCCCUUCCCGGUAACUCACCUCUUCGUUACAAUGCUUUUGUCGGCUUAGUUGAUGCCACUGCUCAAGCUGAUGAACUCGAAUCACUCUAUCCUCAAUUAGAAUACAUUGAUGCCUGGACCAAGCAAUGGGGCAUUGACCAGCAAACUCAACGCAACUUGUAUGAUUAUUUGAGCCAAGUGUUGCUCAAGGCUGGAGAAGACAAGUUGGCUCUUGAUUUCUCAUUAAAGAAAUUGGCUAUUCUUGAUGAAAAUGAUGCCGAGACCACUACUCUCGCCAAGGACGUUGUUCUCCGUGCUGUUUCCAUGGAAAACUACUACGCUUUCGAAGAUCUCUUGCAAUACAACUCUAUUCAAAAACUCAAGGGUACUGAAGAAUUCGAAUUACUCGACGUCUUUUUGAACGGUACCUUGUCUACAUACCAAACCUUCGCCACUGCUCACACUAGCUUGAUCAAGGAUGCUGAUAAGAAUAUUCACAAGAUGCGUUUAUUAUCUUUGGCCUCUCUUGGAUCCGAGAACCUCGCUCGUGAAUUGACUUAUGCUGAGAUUGCCAACAACCUCCAAAUUCCCGAAGACGAAGUCGAGAUGUGGGUGAUUGAUGUUAUUCGUGCUGGUCUCGUUGAAGCCAAGUUGGAUCAACUCAACAAAACUGUCAUUGUUCAUCGCAGCAUCUAUCGUGUUUUCGGAAAGGAGCAAUGGAAGAAAUUGAGCACAAGUUUGAGUGCCUGGAAGGACAACUUGAACGAAAUUUUGGCUGUUGUAGGCAAUGCUAAAUUAAUUGCUGGUGGUGCUUUACAAGGUGGUGCUGCUUCUAAUGUCGUUGUUGAAGGUGAAGCUAAAUAA